UCUGGCAAGGUAAAGAGCUGGUCUGUUUGGCAUGACCUUCCCAUCUGGGAUCCAUCUGUCUUUCUCUGGAAUCGGACAGGCGGCUCUAAGCAGUGAGAAAUCACAGAUGUGAGAGAGCCGACACAUGUCCAGCUAAUGAAAAGAGAAGGAACGUUGGUUGCAGACUCCACUUGAAGAUUAAGAGCUGCAACAAGAAUACUGUUUUUCUUUGUAUUUUUAAAGACAGCAGUGUUUUCGACAGCAGCCUGGUUACUUGGACCUUUGGGUGCACAGGUUGCUAGUGAGAAGAGGGUGCCAGUAAUGCCAGGAUCCCCUGUAGAAGUAAAGAUUCAGUCAAGAUCUUCUCCAUCCAGCAUGCCGCCGCUGCCACCUGUGAACCCUGGUGGACCUCGUCCUGUCUCCUUUACCCCAACAGCACUACCCAAUGGGAUGAACCAUUCUCCCCCUACACUGAAUGGAGCACCAUCACCCCCUCAGAGAUUCAGCAAUGGGCCUGCCUCUUCUUCUUCUUCUUCACUAACAAAUCAACAGCUACCUGCGACCUGUGGGGCUCGACAACUCAGCAAACUGAAACGCUUCCUUACUACCCUCCAACAGUUUGGCAAUGAUAUUUCACCAGAGAUUGGGGAGAAAGUUCGGACCCUUGUUUUGGCAUUGGUGAAUUCUACUGUAACAAUAGAGGAGUUUCACUGCAAGCUUCAGGAGGCUACCAAUUUUCCUCUGCGUCCAUUUGUGAUCCCAUUCUUGAAGGCCAACCUUCCACUUCUACAGAGGGAGCUGCUGCACUGUGCUCGAGCAGCCAAACAAACCCCUUCUCAGUACCUGGCCCAGCAUGAGCAUAUCCUCCUGAAUACAAACACUGCUUCACCAGCUGACUCUUCAGAACUGCUGAUGGAAGUGAAUGGAAAUGGAAAGAGGCAUAGUCCAGACAGGAGGGAAGAAAACAGCUUUGAGAGAGAGCCGCUCCCUUCCGAACCUCCUGCCAAGAGGGUGUGCACCAUUAGCCCAGCACCUCGACACAGUCCGGCUCUGAUGCUGCCCAUCAUAAAUCCAGCUGGGCAGUUUCAUCCCACUCCGCCUCCACUCCAGCAUUAUACUCUGGAAGAAAUUGCAACUUCCCAUUUGUACAGAGAUCCAAGCAAGAUGUUGGAGCACAGAGAACUGCGAGAUCGACAUGGUAUAGGGUUAAACGGAGGCUAUCAAGAUGAGCUUGUGGACCAUCGCUUAACAGAUCGAGAAUGGGCUGAUGAGUGGAAGCAUCUGGAUCAUGCACUGAAUUGCAUUAUGGAAAUGGUAGAAAAGACCAGACGUUCCAUGGCUGUUCUCCGCCGUUGUCAAGAAGCCGAUAGGGAAGAGCUCAAUUACUGGAAGAGGCGAUGCAGUGAACCCACAGAGCCCCGGAAAGGAGGGAAUGAUUUAAUUGCAAGACAACAUAGCCCAGGGAGUUCGGACUCUGUUAGCAGUGAAUCUCAGCGGGAGUUCAGUAGCAGGUCAGGAGGGGCAGCUGGCUAUGUUGCUGAAGAGAUAUGGAAAAAGGCUGAAGAAGCUGUGAAUGAAGUGAAGCGUCAGGCCAUGUCUGAAGUCCAAAAAGCUGUUGCAGAAGCUGAGCAGAAGGCCUUUGAAAUGAUUGCAUCUGAGAGAGCCCGCAUGGAACAGACCAUUGCAGAUGCAAAGCGCCAGGCAACUGAAGAUGCUUUCUUGGUGAUUAAUGAGCAGGAGGAGUCUACUGAGAGCUGCUGGAAUUGUGGUCGUAAAGCGAGUGAGACCUGCAGUGGGUGCAACAUUGCCCGCUACUGUGGCUCUUUUUGUCAGCACAAAGAUUGGGAAAGGCACCACCGAAUCUGCGGGCAGAGCUUACACAGCCAGGUCAAGCCAGUGCCCCUACCAGCAGGGCCUCGGUCUGCAGCAGCCACUCUCAAAGCUGUGGAUGGAAUAGCCAGUCCAGCUCUAGAGAAAACAUCAGCCACCACCUCUCGGUCCUCCACCCCAGCCUCUGUGACAGCAGUAGAUGCAAAUGGGCUCUAAAAAGGAAGAUGGCACUCAGCCCAUUGUAGUAGUUUUCUACAUUUGAAAAACAGACACCUCAAAGCAUUGUCAAAAGUUUUUCCUCCCACACAUUGGUCCCCAGGCAAACAUGCUAGGGCGUUUCCCAUUUCAGUAGGAUGUUGUUUCUAGUCCUUCCAUAUUGGAUCUUUGACUUACUUCCCUGCUUUCCUGAAAUCUGGAGACUCUGGUCUGUUAUUUUGUUUAUCUGAAUUUUAUUGACUUUUUUGAUGCAGUAAGCUUCUAACGGGAAGGUUGUUUUCCAUUUUUACCACAAGGCAGAGCUUACUGGACAGCCUCUUCUCUCAGUUUGAUGUUCAAAUUCUUGUCCUGUACAAUCUGGACUACUGAUCCCACCCACCCACUCCCUAAUGGCACUACAUUUUGAUACACUGAAGGAUAUUGCCGGUGAGCCAUUGUUAGAAACUGUUUUUUUCAGACGAAACUACAUGUAGUUAAAUGGAAAUUAGGAGAGGCUUGGUCAUUAUCUCUACCUGUUCCUCUUCUCACUUCUACCAAAUCUCCCCUUUUCCUAUUUAUUGAUUCCCAUCCCCCCUUUUCAAUAAAUGUUCCCACAAUCUCAACAUAUGAGAGGAGAAGGAGCCAGAAGGGCACUAUUUGUUUGCUAAAAAGAUGAUCUAAAACUGUUCAUAUGUCUCACAAACUGUCUCAGUUGACCCAUUUUAAUCCUUUUGAGUUACUGUAUAGAGCAGGUUUUUUAUACAUUCUUUUAUGGGUUUCAACAGAUAGAAGUGUUUCAUCCAAAGAUUUCUGCAAAGCAGGUUGCUGCUUUCUCCACACUAAAUUGGUUUAUCAUGUUAUCCUAACUGUGUCACACUCUUGUGCUCUCUCUGCAUAGGAGUUGUUAAUAAAUGUCACAGAUAUCAAAGAUCAAUAGAAUUAUCUUUCUUCUCUAAGCAGUGUAUGUAUCUAAGCUGAAAACAAGGCAAUAUAGUACCUUACUAAUGGAUUUGAUUAUUUUCAGAGAUUCACCCAUUGCAUCCUCAGCAACCUGACUUUUGUUUCACUUACUGCUUUUUAAAGUGUGUCUCUAGAAUAUUACUGGGGAACAUGUGGCUCUUCAGAUGUCAUUGAACUACAGUUCCCAUGAUCCCUUAUCAUUGGCUAGCCUGGAUAAGGCUGAUGUAAGCUACAGCCUGAUAACAUCUAGAGCAGCCUUUCUCAAGUUUUUUUCGACCACAGCCAUAAACUCAAUAUGAAAGAAAUAUAGGCCAAAUCAGGAUUGUAUAACUCGCAUAACAAACCCUAUAAGGUGGUGUGUGAAGAAUUGUUCCCAGUCUGUGCCCCCCCUUCAAAUGUGCCAGCCCUACCCCCAGAGGCCAUACGGCUCCCAUUGAGAAUGACUGCUCUAGAAUAUGCCUGGGGACCAUGUGGCUGUCCCAAUGUUGUUGGACUACAACUCCUAUAAUCUCUUAUCAUUGACUAAACUACAUAAGGCUGAGGAAAGCUACAGUCUGACAACAUCUAGGGGACCAUGCAUUCCCAAUUUGUUUUAGAGGGCACUUACUGAAAAACUAAAUCCACUGUCCCUUCUUAAGUGUGUCAGAUUUCUUACGAAUGAUAUGGUUCCACAUGAAAUUAAUGUCCAUUAAGUGAAUAAAUCAACCUGAGUGCUCACUGGAAGGACAGAUCCUGAAGCUGAGGCUUCAGUACUUUGUCCAUCUCAUGAGAA